GGAGGGCGCUGGGGCCGCCCGGGUGCGCGGGGCCCUGCCGCGGCCAUGCGCAGAACAUGAGCCAUGGCGCCGGGCUUGAGGACCUGGCAGGUCGUCACGCUGGCCGUCUUCGGGGGGUGCUGGCUCGGCGUGCAGCUGACGCUCCUGGCCCAGCACCAGGAGGAGUUUCAGCACGGCGGCGUCGGGGCGCUCCUCGGCCGCACCGCCCAGAAGGCCCGGGAGCUCGAGGGCCGGCUCCAGGACCGCACCGCUCGCGCCCUGAAGGCAGCCUCCAAGAGCGUGGUCCGGGCGAAGAAGAAGCUGCAGCGCCGAGCGGGCAACGUGUCCGCCGUUGUUGCCGCCGAGGUGGCGCGCGAGGCCAGCUGGCUGCGUGGGCACACGAGCAGCACCGAGCCGCCGCGGCGUGGCCGGGAGCGGCCCGCCGAGGCGCCCGCGGACGGCCCGCGGGUCGCCACGCUGAGCCCGCCCGCGCGCCUCGCCGUCGCGCGGGCCGCGGAGGCGGCGAGGCUGGCCAAGGCUGGCGGCCGCCAG